AUGAAAUAUUCUAAGACUACCCUUAGACUAAAGAACUUCAGGAUGAAUAUAAUAGCAAUUACAUUAAUCUAUUUGACUCGUUCUCUCAUAUUUACAACAAAAAUGAGUUUUAAGGAAAAAUUUAAUACAGCCGAUUGGAUGAAAAAUAAAAAACUAAGAAUCAACCAAUAAUUAUGCCUGAAUUAAAAUUACAGCCAUCUAUUUCAACCAAAAAUUCUAUUGAAAGCUAAAAUAACAUCAUACUACCGAUAGAUGAAAUUGAAGAUAAAGAAUAAAAUGGUUAAAGCCUAAGUUCAUAAAACUCCCCCAAAGCUUCUAAAUUAUCAAUUAAGAGAUCUUCAAGCUUGCAAAACUCAUUUUUCAAGAGCAAAUUUAGCACUAUUUUGA